AUGUUACAAUUGAUGGCAAUUGCAUUCCUUCAGGCUAUGCUCAGGUAUCCAUCACUAACACUAUACUGUGCUGAAGAUGUCUAACAGCAACACCACACAGGAGACACUGGAGAUAAUGAAAGAAUCAGAAAAAAGAUUGGUUGAGGAAUCUUUGAACAAAACCAAAUUUGCAUCCAGGUCACCAAGCAAAGAGGAGCCUGAGAAGGACGGGGAGGAGAGCAGCGUACGGCAAGAAUCUCAGAGGAGAACAUCCAAUCACGGACAUGCUAGAAAAAGAGCUAAGUCAAAUUCGAAACUGAAAUUAGUGAGGAGCUUGGCUGUAUGUGAAGAAUCCUCUAGUCCCUUUGUGGAUGGGCCUUUGGAAACCCAAGAUAUCAUACAUUUGCACAUCAGUUGCCCAUCUGACAAGGAAGAUGACAAAUCUGCAAAAGAUGGUCCCGAAAAAGAAGAAAAAGAGAAAAACAAAGAGAAGGCCCCCAAGAAAAUGUUGUCUAGAGAUUCCAGCCAGGAAUACACAGACUCCACUGGAAUAGAUUUGCAUGAAUUUUUAGUAAAUACACUGAAGAAAAAUCCAAGGGAUAGGAUGAUGCUGCUAAAAUUAGAACAGGAGAUCCUGGAAUUUAUUAACGAUAACAACAAUCAAUUCAAGAAGUUUCCUCAAAUGACCUCAUACCACAGAAUGCUUCUACAUCGGGUGGCUGCCUAUUUUGGCAUGGACCACAACGUAGACCAAACGGGGAAAGCUGUGAUUAUCAACAAGACCGGCAACACAAGAAUUCCUGAGCAGAGGUUCUCUGAACACAUCAAAGAUGAGAAGAACUCUGAUUUUCCACAGAGGUUUAUCCUCAAGCGAGAUGAUACCAGCAUUGAUCGAGAUGAUAAUCAGAUUAGGAUCCCACUGCAAGAUGGACGAAGGAGCAAAUCCAUAGAGGAACGAGAAGAGGAAUACCAGAGGGUUAGGGAACGCAUAUUUGCACGGGAGUCGGGACAAAAUGGAUUCCUGAACGAAAGCAGACUCGCCAAAGAAGGCUUUUCUUCUAGCUCUCACAAAAGGCGACAGAUCUUUAGGGGUAACCGAGAUGGGCUCAGCCGGGCUUCAGGCAGCCGCCAGAGCAGCACGGAGAGUGAGAUGAAAUCCCUGGAGCCCCGGCCGUGGAGUAGCACAGACUCUGAUGGCUCGACGCGCAAUCUGCGGCCCCCGGUCACCAAAGCCAGCAGCUUCAGUGGCAUUUCUAUCUUGACCCGAGGAGACAGCAUUGGCGGCAUUGGCAAAGGGAAUGGCGCCAACAGGACUGCCAGGCCAGGUCUCUCUCUAAGUACUCCUGAAGCCUGCAGCCAAGUCUCCUCUGCGCAGCCUGGCCGAAGCCUCUUGCCGUGUGCCGCUCAGCAGCUGCAGCCGCAGCCACUUCCACCCACACCGCAGCAACAGCCAGCAAUGACUAAUCACAUCAUAUCACAGCCGGUCCCAGCAUUGCAGUCCUCUCCGCAGCCAGUUCAGUACUCUCCAAGCUCCUGUCCCCAAGUCCUCCUGCCAGUCUCUCCACCCCAGCAGUACAAUAUGGCUGAUGAGCUCAGCAACCCUUUUGGACAGAUCAGCCUCAGCCGCCAAGGUUCCACUGAAGCACCCGAUCCAUCCUCUGCCAUGUUCCAGCAGCCAAUCAUGUCCCAGCAUCCUCAGCAGACAGGAUUCAUCAUGGCUUCCCCAGGACAGCCAAUCACUGCCUCUAACUACUCUGCCUCAGGGCACACGGCGCCAGCCCAGCAGAUCCUCCAACCCCAGAGCUACAUGCAGCCUCCCCAGCAAAUUCAGGUUUCUUACUACCCUCCUGGGCAGUAUCCAAACUCCAGCCAGCAGUACCGGCCGCUCUCGCAUCCAGUGGCUUACAGCCCCCAGCGUAGCCAACAGCUGCCUCAACAGUCCCAGCAGCCUGGAUUACAGCCAAUCCUGUCCAAUCAGCAGCAGACAUACCAAGGCAUAAUGGGAGUGCAGCAACCGCAGGGUCAGAGUCUCCUCAGCAGCCAACGCAGCAGCAUGGGUAGCCAGAUGCAAGGCAUGAUGGGAGUGCAGCAGCCCCAAAACCAGAGCCUCCUGAAUAGCCAACGAGGAAACAUGGGCAGUCAGAUGCAAGGCCUGAUGGUCCAGUACACUCCAUUGCCUUCAUAUCAAGUGCCGGUGGCGAAUGACUCUCAAGCCGUAGUCCAGCAACCGUUUCAGCAGCCUGUGCUGGUACCAGCAAACCAGUCUGUGCAAGGAGGGCUCCAGGCCGGAGGGAUGUCGGUCUAUUACAGUGUUAUCCCCCCAACCCAGCAGAAUGGCACCAGCCCUUCUGUUGGCUUCUUGCAGCCUCCAGGUACAGAGCAGUACCAAAUGCCCCAGUCUCCUUCUCCUUGCAGCCCACCCCAGAUGCAACAACAGUAUUCAGGGGUAUCUCCGGCAGGGCCUGGUGUUGUGGUCAUGCAACUCAAUGUGCCCAAUGGCCCCCAACCUCCUCAGAAUUCAUCCAUGGUGCAAUGGAAUCACUGCAAGUACUACAGUUUAGACCAGCGAAGUCAGAAGCCUGGUGACAUCUAUAAUCCAGACACCAGUGCUCAGGCCAGCAGCACCCAGCUGAAUAGCCCUAUCACAUCCCCCACGCAGUCCCCUACACCAUCGCCCGUUACCAGCCUCAACAGUGUCUGCACAGGUCUCAGUCCCCUUCCGGUGCUCACACAGUUCCCCCGGCCUGUGGGCCCAGCACAAGGUGAUGGGCGCUAUUCCUUGCUGGGCCAGCCGCUGCAGUACAAUCUCUCCAUUUGCCCCCCACCUCUCUUGCACAACCAGUCCAGCUAUACCGCACACCAGGCACAAACAGGGAUGAAGCAUGGCAACCGAAGUAAGAAGCAAGCUCUCAAGUCAGCAUCCACAGAUCUUGGGACAAGUGAUGUAGUGUUGGGCCGUAUCUUGGAAGUUACCGACCUGCCUGAAGGGAUCACACGUACCGAGGCCGACAAGCUCUUCACCCAGUUAGCCAUGUCUGGUGCCAAAAUCCAGUGGCUCAAAGAAACUCAGGGGCGUCCUGGGGGCGGGGGCGACAAUAACCACGGGACUGCAGAGAACGGCAGGCAUUCUGACCUCGCUGCCUUAUACACCAUCGUGGCCGUCUUCCCCAGCCCUUUGGCAGCCCAAAACGCAUCCCUGCAUCUCAACAACUCUCUUAACUGCUUCAAGUUGCGUAUGGCCAAAAAGAACUACGACCUGCGUGUGCUGGAGCGUGCCAGCUCCCAAUAGGAGCAGACAGAGG